AUGGUCCAAAUCGAGAUCACCUCGUAUCUGGGAAAGCCAUCGAUGAAUGUAACGAACCCAUUGGCGCAUGGCAUUUCGCCGACAGGGCCUCAUUCGCCAUCUGGUUUCCGCUCAACCAGUGAUGAGGCCAUCCAUUCAGAGCUUGUUAAGGGCUCUGAGGAAUUUUCGAUCCCAAAUGCCAGUCCUGCAAGUCACAGCCAGCUGUUGGAGCUGUUCAGUUUUUUCCUGUCCUUUGCAGAAUAUUUUGGAUGCACAAACUUUUCCUUUACAGCAAUGGUCGACUCUUUUGUGAACAUGCUUCCUGGCCACGCAAUUCCGACGAUCGUGGAGACCAUGCUCAUUUCAAUGGUGAGCUUGAUUGUGCGGGAAUACAACUCCUCCGCGGCCUUUAGCACGACAGUUGACAGCCAUUUUGACGCCACCGUGGUGGAGCCUCUCAGCUUUCCAUUUGAAAGCUAUGACUAUAAGAGAAAAAGGAUGGCUUGUCCAAGGUCACGUCCAAGUGUCGCCGUUGACUCGGACCUUGACACGGAGGAUGAGAUUUAUCAGGAAGAAGAGGACGAGCAACAAGAUUCCGACGAAGAAGAGGAAGAUCAUGAUCCGGGAAAGUCACGUGAUUUUGAGGAUCUUAGCCUGGGAAGUAUUCUUUUAGAAUACUUUGCCGAGGAGUACAAGGUUUCCGACUAUUGGGCCAUUGUCCUUUUUUCGCUCUUUCAAAAACAGGUGUCUUUCCCGCAGCUAAUGAUUUUAGUUUACGCAUGA